CACGUGGUAAGAUAAUUACUCUUGAUUCCUUUGGAAAUAAUUCUUCACCCUUUAAAUUCAUAUUCUGCUCUCUUUUCCCUUCCACACAUUAAAAAUCAACAAUGGAUUUUUUCCUUGUUCUCUCCCUGUUAGUUUUUGCUGGUUUUUUGUUUGGGCUUCGCCGGGGACUUCCUUACCCUCCAGGUCCAAAAGGGUAUCCAAUCAUAGGCAACAUGAACAUGAUGGACCAACUAACCCACCGGGGAUUGGCUCGGCUGGCCAAGAAGUACGGUGGCCUCCUCCACCUCAAAAUGGGAGGACUUCAUGUUUUCGCCGUGUCGACACCGGACAUGGCGCGAGAGGUCCUCCAGGCCCAAGACGCCGUCUUCGCCAACCGGCCCGCCAAUGUCGCCAUUGCCUACUUGACAUACGGUCAAGCCGACAUGGUCUUCGCCAACUACGGCUCAUUUUGGCGUCAAAUGAGGAAGAUCUGCGUUAUGAAGCUCUUCAGUAGAAAACGGGCACAGUCCUGGUCCUCAGUCCGAGACGAGGUGGACUUAACAGUCCGAACCGUGGCCCAAAAUCUCGGGUCUCCGGUUAACAUCUGCGAGUUGGUGUUGUCUCUGACGAAGAAUAUGACGUACAGAGCAGCGUUUGGAUCUUUCUCGAGGGAAGACCAAGAUGAUUUCGUGAAGAUAAUUCAGGAAUUCUCCAAACUUUUUGUAGCUUUUAACAUCGCCGAUUUUUUCCCGUGGUUGGGUUGGAUUCAGGCGGGUGAAUUCAACAGAAGAUUAGUCAAGGCUCGAUCGUCGCUUGAUGGGUUCAUUGAUAAGAUCAUCGAGGAGCACAUGCAGAAGAGGAAAGCCAGCGGAGACGAAGCGGCGGAUACUGAUAUGGUGGAUGAAUUGUUGGCUUUUUAUGGCGAAGUAGACGCUUCUAAGGCGGCGUUUGACGAUUCCCAAUCUUCAAUUGAGCUCACCAGAGAUAACAUCAAAGCCAUCAUCAUGGAUGUGAUGCUAGGUGGAACUGAGACGGUGGCGGCUGCAAUCGAGUGGGUGAUGGCAGAAUUGAUGAAGAGUCCAGAAGACAUGAAGAAGGUCCAACAAGAGCUCGCCGACGUGGUGGGGUUGUGUCGAUUCGUCAAAGAAUCCGAUAUCGAGAAGUUAACCUAUCUAAAAUGUACCGUCAAGGAAACCCUUCGUCUCCAUCCGCCAAUCCCUCUACUCCUUCAUGAGACUGCUAAGGACACUGUCGUGGCCGGCUACAGACUUCCGGCAAAGUCGUGCGUCAUAAUCAAUGUAUGGGCCAUCGGGCGUGAUCCCUCGGGCUGGGUCGACCCAGAAGUCUUCAAACCUAGCAGGUUCUUGACUAAUGAUUCCGCGCCGGACUUCAAAGGAAGUGACUUCGAGUUCAUUCCGUUCGGUUCAGGUCGGAGGUCAUGCCCAGCAAUGCAACUAGGGUUGUAUGCGUUAGAGAUGGCGCUGGCCCAUUUGCUUCACUGCUUCAACUGGGAGUUACCGGACAGAAUGAAGUCGAGUGAACUCGACAUGAGCGAUGUGUUUGGACUCAAUGCACCUAGAGCGAUUCAACUCGUUGCGGUACCGACUUAUCGGUUAAGUUGUCCUUUCCUGGUUGAGUAAGAAAUGAGUGUGAGAAGCAGAGAUGUGGGUAUCUUAUUUUGUGGAAAGAACCAAAAGAAGGCCGAAUAAUACAAGGAAAAACUGUUG